CUUCCUUUGCUAGUUCGAAACAAUCAUGUCAGCAACCUUUGGCUCUCCCUAAGCCCGAACCUCUCCUUCUCUUUCUCUGCAAGGAACUUCACCAUUUUUUUCUAUGGAGAAAUCAGAAGGACCCAUUGUUGAAACGAGAAAGGAACUCAUGGUUUCACUCUCUGGUGAUGCGAAGCCAACACUUAGAACGGCCCAUUUUAUCAAACCCUCAAUUACCUCCUCCAUUGAUGAAAACACUCCCAAACACCCUUCACACUACAACUUCUCCUUGCCCUUUAAAUUUGAACCCAAAAAGUGGCCUUUAAGAAUAACAUUCCAUGGUUGGAGAAAUGCACAAAGGAGGUGGAAAGAAUGGGUUGAUAAAAUGGCUGCUUUGCAUGAAGCAACAUGGAGAAAAGUUGGAAUCUAUCAAGCAGUCAUGAGUUCUCUUUACCAAAUCGGAAGAGACGAUGAUUUCCUUAUAGGGUUAGCAGAGAAAUGGUGUUUUGAAACUAACACAUUCAUUUUUCCUUGGGGUGAAGCAACAAUCACCUUGGAAGAUAUUUUGGUUGCAGGGUACUCUGUUUUGGGGUCCCCUGUUUUUACCCCUCUUGAAACAGAGGAAUUGAAAGAAGCUGAACAAAAGCUUAUGGAAAUCGGAGAACUGUUGAGGCGGUCAAAAAGCAAAAAAGUGGACCAUUCUUCCUGGAUUAAAUAUCUCAUGGAAAACAACAGCGAAGUCGAGCACGAGGCUUUUCUGUCACUAUGGUUGUCAAGGUUUGUUUUUCCCAGUCUCCCAAAUAUGAGCAUUCCCAAACAUGUUUUUCCAAUUGCUGUUCGUCUAGCUAGAGGUAUCAAAAUUGCACUUGGACCUGCCCUUCUUGCAAGCAUUUACCGAGACUUGAGGUUGUUGAAGAAAAAGAUUUUAGCUUUGUCCAAUUUAGUGUCUUUUGAGGAUGACAAUGAUGAUCAAAAGGUAGAACUCACCAUUUGGUCACCAUUUCAUAUAGUUCAGGUUUGGGCCUGGGAGAGGUUUCCAAAAUUGCAACCAAAGCCUAAUGUGACUGACUUGGAAGUGCCGAGAUUAGCUAGAUGGCAUAAUGUGAAUAGUUCAACCGUUAGGAAUGUAAGAUUGGCCCUAGAUUCUGAAGGAAGUUUCCAGUGGCGCCCUUAUGCCACAGCCGUGGAGAGUUUGUGCUACAAAAUUUAUGGUGAUGAAGAGAAGUGGGUGCUUGUUGAUGUUGAUGUUGAUGUUGAUGAGGAAUUGAAGUCUUUUACUCGAUGCUUGAGAGCAUGUGAACUAGUUGGAAUAGGGUGUGUAGAACAGUACAGCCCGCAUCGAGUGGCAAUGCAGUUUGGCAUGGAUCAAGAUCUUCCAGGUCCUGUAAAGAGAAGGAAUGAAACUCAAGAACUUUCCUGGAAGCGUUUUGAUAAGCAAAUCAAGAAUGCAAUGCUAUAUAUUCCAUCAAGACAUUGCAAGCCAGAUGUUACUUUGAGAUACUUGGAAUGGUGGAAGCAAUCAGUGUUUGGUGGGAAAGAUGGAAGUGGAAAUCCAAAAAGUUCAGAAAUUUCGGUUCCAUGUUUCAAAGGGAAGAAGUCAGAUCAUGAUCCUCUGUAUCCUCCUGGUUUCCCUCCUAAAUGUCAACAUGUUGAAGGCUUGAACUCUGAUGAGGAGGAUGAUCUAACAUUGAAGGAGUUGUUUACUCAUAAAAAGCUCAAAAUUGUUGAUCAUAGAAUAUAUGGUUAUCACAAGUCUUUGCCGGCUACUGCACAUAAUCUAUUAUCUUCUGCUGCAGAAAACAAUGAUGUUACAAAUUUUGAUGCAGAGAUGAAAUUGAAGGAAAACAGCUUUCAGAAGGAACCUAGGAGUGGAAAAGAAAGCACAGCCACGGAAAACUCCAGCAAAAACAAAUUAGAUAGCCCUAGUCCAGUACGUCAUGGUGCUGGUUUUCUUAAAGAUGAUGAAAGAGGAAGUAGGAGUCGUUUUGAUAUUCACACAGAUGGAUUAGAACUUGAAGCUCGGAUCGACAAGCUUAGGAAAGAAAUUGAUGGGCUAAAGGCUGCUAAAUUUAGCCAGAAGAAGUAACUCGCAGGUAUUUUUUUUCCAUCCAUGGCAUUGUUGCUCCUCAAAUGAACUCCCUAUCCAAGUUUUGUGAACACUACUCGCUACAUAUAGUGAGUACUACUGUAGCACUCUUUAAUUUGCGUGGAGGUGACAGUAGCGGGAGAAGGAAAUGAUUCGCGGGAAAGGAAAGAGUGGAGGGCUGCAGCAGUGCUCUUCCUGCCAUUAGCUGCUGCUUCUAGUUACUGUUUUGGUUGCUGCUCAGUCCAUGGUGAUGGCUGAUACGGCGGCGUGGGGCUGUGUUGAGAUGAGUUGGAGCUGUUUGGGUUGGGUUCUUGAGCAGCGAGGUGGUGGUGAUCAAGGAGAAGAAGCUGGUGGGCUUUGUUCACUUUCUUUUACGCAGGUUUCUCCUUCUAAUUCCACCUCAAAUCCUGUAUUUUUUUUUUAUUAUAAAGUUUUCUAUUUUGCAUAAACCCUUUUGGCUUUCUGGGUUUUCGUUUAUGCAGUAACAUAGAGCUUUGCAAGAUGUCCCUUGCCAAUGUU